AUGAUUAUGAAUAAAUGGAAUAAUAUACCAAAUGAAAUAUUAAAAACCAUUGUCCAAAACACACCCCAUACACCAAAUCCCCAUUGGAUGUAUGUCAAUAGGCAGUGGUUAAACGUGUAUCAAGCAAUAUCAUUUAACGCCAUAUCAGUGAGAUUGAAACCCUCUGAUAAGACCUUACAUAAUAUACUCUAUUCCCUUUUUGAGCCUGGUAGAUGGGUCAAAAAAGUAAGAAUAAGGGUCAUCGAUACACCACCCGACAAUAGCCAGAUCGAUCCUUCCACCGACUCGCUCUCUAAUCUCAUGCAACGAUGUCCUUACGUCAACCAAGUCCAUUUGGUGGAGGCCAAUGAUCAACACUGGGCUUAUUUUCGAAACGUGCUCCUUUCAAAAAGUCAUGAUAGUUGGGACCGCAUCCGUUAUCUGGAGCCUUCCUUUUGCAAGGAUGAUACUUUGAUCUAUUCAAUGUAUUUGGAUUGUGCUCUUCAUCUAAAGAAAACAUUGGUAGCACUUUCACUCAAACAGGUAACCAUCUAUUCAAGUCGUCGUCUCCAGUUUUUCACAGGCUUUGAAUCAUUGACAACUUUAACCAUCAUGGAUGGAAAUUUCUUGACCAGCAAAUUCGACCGAGAAAUCCUAAUUCAAAAUUUGCCUUCCUGUACUUCAAGCCUUACCGUCAUCAACGCUCAGUCUACAGCCCAUGAUUUCCAUGCAACCGGUACUACUCGUGUGUCUGAUAAUGCUACCACCAUUUUUUCGAAUAUCAAGGAACUCACCAUCAUCAACUUUGACACUCAAUCGGACAAUGCAUUUUUGCAGCUCAUCCACGAGUUCCCCCACCUCUGUAAAUUGACAUUGACAACAAAUGAAGAUAUGAACUUUUACGUAGCUAUCCAUCCUUUCACUGGGAAAGACAAGGUGGGUGUUCAUAUCCUAAAUGCCUUCUUUGAUUACAUACACGCAAUAGCAUCCGUUGAACUCGUGCUUGGUUUCUAUAAUACGGAUAUGUUCCUCCAACAUUAUUACAAUUAUCACAAUAGCAAGAUAGAUCAAGGCAAAGCUAGCGUUAUAAACGAGGUCUCCUUUCAGCAAACCUUACCCCGUGAUACUAUAAUCAGUCAAGACGUUUCUCCUCAAGCCUUCAGCAGCAACGAUAUUUCAGCACACAAGGUUGAGAUUAAUAUAGAAGACGGACAGACCAAAGUGGAAGCGUACUUUUGGAAAGAAUUUGAUGUGUGGCAAUUGGAGAAUAGAGUGAUUGAAGAGAUUUUAUUUUAUGGUAUACGCUCUGAACUCUUUCGACCUACAAUCGAUCUGGGCCGAAUGUUGGCUAGUCAUCAACACUUGCGUCGAUUGACACUUCAGGAUGGCCCGUUUCUGUUAGAGCUACCCGAUACCACUGACCAUGUGCAAUCGACAGUGCAAUAUUUGGAACUUUUAAAUGUGAUUGGAGUCAAUCCGACUGCCAUUGCUAGCAUGUUUCGCUAUUUAAAAAUACUUCAUUUAAGCUACACGGAUUAUUUUCUUAGAAUGGGAUGUUGGAUCUACCGCAUUCUUUGUUGGCCACCUACAUUAGCUAUUCGUGUUCAUGCCAAGGAGAAAGGCAAAGUAAGGUAUCUGGCUUGUAAUCUCCAAACUCAGUAUGAAAUUGAUUACGCAAGGUUUGAGUCCCUGAACGAAUCCCCUCAUGUAGUGGUAUUGGGCGUGACAUUCAAGUCGAUUCGCAAGUUUAUAUUCUCCAGAUCACGCAUAUACAAGGUCGAUCAUGAGGUUGUGGUAUAUUUUUAG